AUGCUACUACUGCUGCAAGUCAGACCAGCACAGCACGGAACACCGUUGUUACAGAAUGACCCUGCCCCGUUACAACCUCUACAAAUACUAGAACUGCUGCAAAAGAGGCCACUGCAGCAUGGAACACCAUUGUUGCAGAACGCCCCUGAACCAUUGCAUCCUCUGCAGAUACUAGAGCUACUGCAGAAAAGUCCGCUGCAGCACGGCACACCGUUGUUGCAGAACGCGCCGGAUCCGUUGCAUCCUCGACAGAUGCUAGAGCUGCUGCAAAACAGACCACUACAGCAGGGAACUCCGUUAUUGCAAAACGAUCCAGAUCCGUUACAACCGCGGCAGAUGCUGGAACUGCUGCAAAACAGACCGCUGCAGCAUGGGACGCCGUUGUUGCAAAAUGAGCCUGAGCCGUUGCAGCGCUUGUCUAAGUCUGCGGCGGCGGAUGUGUCCUUUGUUGGGCUGGCGAGUCCAAACCCGAGAAGAGAGAUGGCAAAGAUGAGUUGA